UUCAAAGCAGUAAGGCCCACGCCCACUGAAACUCUCAGAGGGUCCGGAUCCGUAUACCCAAAACUACCACGACUUCUGCUCGACGGAGUUCAAGCCUUUUGAGCGCUCGUCGCGACCCCCAGAAUCUAGAGGGAAACUGAUCGAGAUUAAAGUUGAUUCCGCGCUGAUCAUAGGAAUUCCUGGUUAAACAGCAGUCUCUAAGCGUUUACGUAAGCGAAUUCAUGGCAGACCUGGAGAAGGAAAGGUAUAAGUACAGUUUAAUUGUCCCAACCUACAACGAGCGCCUCAAUAUUGCUCUCCUUGUGUACCUCAUUUUCAAGCACCUCCCGGAUGUUGACUUUGAAAUAAUUGUCGUUGAUGAUGGAAGUCCUGAUGGUACUCAAGAAGUUGUGAAACAGUUGCAAGGAGUAUACGGUGAAGAUCGCAUUCUACUGAGAGCCAGACCUAGGAAGCUUGGCUUAGGAACGGCUUACUGUCAUGGUCUCAAACAUGCAACUGGUAAUUUUGUUGUUAUAAUGGAUGCCGAUUUAUCUCACCAUCCAAAAUAUUUACCAAGCUUCAUUCGGAAACAGUUACAUACUGGUGCCGAUAUAGUUACUGGAACCCGAUAUGUAAAAGGUGGCGGUGUACAUGGAUGGAAUCUUAUGCGCAAACUAACAAGUAGAGGAGCCAAUGUUCUUGCCCAAACACUUUUAUGGCCUGGUGUAUCAGAUUUAACUGGAUCUUUCAGGCUCUACAAGAAAUCAGUGCUUGAAGAUAUCAUUAGUUCAGUUGUUAGCAAGGGAUAUGUCUUUCAAAUGGAGAUGAUUGUUCGAGCUACAAGAAAAGGCUACCACAUUGAAGAGGUUCCAAUUACCUUUGUUGAUAGAGUGUACGGAAGUUCGAAGCUUGGAGGAUCUGAAAUUGUAGAGUACUUGAAAGGCCUUCUCUACCUUCUGGUCACCACAUGAUGGAUGAUUACAUGAAUUAUGAAUUUUUGGAGUUUCCAGGUAAACGAUGUAGAAUUGAGAUGAUUGCUUAGGAGAUAUUUUCCCUAAUAAUUAGUGGUUUUCCCGCAAUUUUCCUUUAAAAUCACUACUGGAAGCAGAAUUGGAUCACGGUGCCCUCAUCAUAACCCAUAGGUAUUGUAUUCCAUGUUGUCUUGUAGGAUGCCUCCUACUACUAGACUGUCCAACAAAAUGGCGUGGUUUUUCUUUUCCUUUUUCCUUUUCUUUCCCCCGUCAUUCGCUUCCUUAUUAUUCAUAGCUAUACCAAAUGAAAGUAGAAUUACAUCAAAAUUGAAUUUAUUUAAAUCAGUGAAUGCAUUUGAUUUUU